UGGCGACGGAAACAUAAAUCCACUUUCCAAACAAAGAGAGGUUCGUAUUGUAAACAGAACCAAAUACUGACGAUAUUUGGCGGGCUUUUGCAGAUCAAGUAUUGAUCAGCGCUGUCAUCCGAUACCUGUUUGCUGUCAAGAAAUUUUAGACGACUCAUCUGUUGAAAACAAAGUUUAUCGUGCAAAGAGCAGUUCAGGGAGGUUUAGCGUUCGACGGGAUUAGAAAGCUUCUGUUGCAUCGUCCGAAGCUUUUGUGAGUCAGUCAGGAACAGAUCCUUGACUGAAGUCAGUCUAGCCACUAUGCAGUGGGAAACUGCACGAAAUGAAUCCUUCACAAAAAGGGAAGUGCGACAAGUUCACACAAUAAGUGAAACUUCACAUAACUCUUGGAGUGAGCGACAGUCCAUUGACACAACCAACAGAUAUGGGCAAUUUGUGAAUGGUGCUAUUACAAACGGAACUGACCCAUCACAAGAGACGUCUUACAGUAAAAGAAAAAUUUACAUGGUGAAUGGAGACACAACUUCUGAAGGAAGGGAAGAUAGAUUUCCAUAUAAAAAACGUGAGUCAGAUGUCAGUGAGACAGGGUCUGUACAGCGCACAUACAGUAGUGGGAGUGGCACAGGGAGAAAACUUAGUGGCAGCUCAGUUGGGUCCACAAGUAGUGGAACAAAGAUAUCCAGCGUAACUAUGCCAAUAAGAUCUGCAUCAUUUGCCACGCGAAGAGUUUCCAGCAGUUCAGAAAAGCCAGUUCAAGCAAGUACUUCGUCCAGUACAGAAGCUGCACCAACAAAACCUGUGACUCUGCCCCGCACAUCUUCCCUGGUGAAACAACGUACGCCUUCAGAUCCAAAGUCAGGCCUUCCUGAAGUGAAUGUGAAAUACAACAUCAAAAUGAAACUUGGUGAAGUCAAAGGUAAUGGUGUGGAUGGAAAUGUCUAUAUCCAGCUGUUUGGAUCCAAAGGAAACACAGCAAAAAUACAGUUACGUCAAGCAGGAGACGAGAAGAACCGGUUUGAAACUGAUCAGGAAUAUAAGUUUAUGGUUACCACCAUGGACAUUGGAAAGGUCGAGAGAAUAAAACUCAGCCAUGAUCACAUGGAAUAUGGAACAGGGCUUCAUGUGAAAGAAGUCGAAGUUGAUGUUCCUUCCUACGGCAGCCAUUACACCUUCCCUUGCAACUGUUGGCUGGCACAAGAUAAGCUCUCAGAGAUGACAAUCAAAGACUUGAAUUCAACUCCUACACCAAACAAAGGUUACACAGUCUCAGUUCAUUUGGGUAAAGUUCUGGAUCCAUACACCAAGUUGUACUUGCAACUGUGCGGGGAGAAGGAGGAGAGCACCAAAAUUGUGCUUCGCCCAUCAGGAACUGCAACAGAUACAUUUCAAGAAGGAAAGACCUACAAAUUCUCAGUUGAGAUGCCAGAUAUUGGAAAGGUGGAGAGAAUCCGUGUUGGUCAUGAUACCUAUGGAAGUGGAAAGGGUAUUUUUGUAGAUGAUAUUGAAGUUGCACCAGAUGAUGAAGAGGCUCUGUAUUUUCCUUGUUCUUGUUGGUUGGCAGAAGACAUUGGAGAUGGAAAAUUAGAACGAGAGAUCUAUCCAGGAACGAGGACCCCUCAGACAUCAGAGUCAGACAUUACCCACACAGUGUCUGUGCACCUUGGAGAAGUACUGAACCCUGAAGCCACAUUAUACAUCUAUUUGAUUGGUCGUAGAGGGGAAACUAGCAAAGUUUUCUUGAGGCCAGAAGAACCGUUACAAAGAGAGAAGACGUAUAAAUUCACGCUUGCUCUGACUGUUGAUAUUGGAGGGAUUGAGAAGAUUCGCCUUGGACAGGACAGCCGAGGGUAUGGCAAAGGACUGUUUGUGGAAAGUGUCAAGGUGGUUCCAACAGAAAGUGACCCUCCAGUAAUGUUCCCAUGUGCAUGUUGGCUGGCUGAAGAUGUGUGGGACAGUAAAACUGAGAGGGAACUGCUUCCUGGAAAAGCUGUUAAGAGACCUGAAAAUGUUGCUUACAACUUGACAUUUAAGACAGGCGACAUGCCGUAUGCGGGCACUGAUGCUAACGUGACACUGCAGCUGUUUGGAGACAAAGGUCAAACAGAAAAGAUCAUGUUACGGCAAGAAUCUGGAAAAACACUGAAGAGAUUUGAUCGAGGACGAACGGACAGAUUCACUGUGCAGACGAUGGACGUUGGCAAAGUUGAAAGGAUUCGCCUCAGUCAUGAUAACACGGGUCCUAAUCCAGAGUGGUAUUUAGAAUACCUGAAGAUCGAUAUUGCCACCAGGGACGAAAAGUACAUGUUUCCAUGCAACCGCUGGCUGACUGGUGACGAGGACAGACGAGUUGAAGUUGAAGUUUACCCUGUUGACGAGAACGCCGUUCAAGAAGAGAGCAUUACUGUUGAAGAGGCUACACAAGAGUCUGCUGCUGCGCCUGAACCUGAGAUGGCGGAAUAUCAAGUUUCGUUCAGACUCGGCGAAGUCCUGGACCCUUACACCAAGCUGUUCAUGGUCAUUCACGGAGACAGGGGAGACUCAGAGAAGAUUUAUCUGACACCAGAAGGAGGAAGACUGGAACCGGGAAAGUUGUACACUGUUACUGUUACCACCACCGACGUAGGAAAGGUCCGUAACAUCAGCAUGGGUUGCGAUGGUGCGUCCCCCAACCAGGGUGUGUUUGUAGAAGAGGUAGAAGUCACAGCGCCCAGUGGUCCUCCAGUGGUGUUCCCUUCUCGUUGCUGGUUAGCUGAAGAUGAAGAUGACGGACAGACUACUCGGGUAUUAGUGCCCGGACAGUCUUUGACUUCACAGUAUGAUAUCGGGUUUCGUCUUGGAGAAGUCCUGGACCCCAACACCAAGCUGUAUAUGUUACUUUAUGGUGACAGAGGCGAGUCCGGGAAAAUUUAUCUUUUGCCUGAUGGAUCCAAGUUUGAACCUGACAAGUUCUACAAAGUAUCUGUUAACAUUAAAGAUAUCGGCAAUGUGCAAAAAGUCCACAUUGGUCACGAUAGCAAGGGUCGUAAUAAAGGACUUUUCGUGGAGGAAAUCGAAGUCACAGCUCCUGAUGCUCCCAAAGUAAUUUUCCCUUGUCGCUGCUGGCUCGCUGAAAACGAAGAUGAUGGUAAAACAGCGCGUGUGAUAGAGCCUGGUGAAUCACUAACACAACCUUACGACAUUGCCUUCCGUCUUGGGGAGGUGAUGGAUCCUCGAGCUAAGUUGUACAUGAUUCUUCAUGGAAAAAAAGGCGAUUCUGGAAAAAUUUACUUAGCACCAUCUGACGGCAAAAAGUUGGAACCAGGAAGGCUGUACACUGUGUCUGCAAAUAUUAGAGAUAUCGGACCGAUCGAGAAAAUCAGUCUUGGAAAUGAAAGUCGUGGACCGGGCCAUGGUGUUUUCGUGGAGGAAGUCGAAGUCGCAGCGCCAAACGAGGAACCUGUCAUUUUCCCGAGCCGCUGUUGGUUGGCAGAAGACGAGGGAGACGGAUUGGCUGUUCGAGUUCUGAAACCUGGAGAAACUAUGCAACCCACAUACGACAUUCUGUUCCGUCUGGGAGAAGUGCGAGACCCUUGGGCUAAGCUGUAUAUGAUCCUGUACGGAGAUAGAGGCGAGUCAGGCAAGAUAUACCUCACACCUUCUGAUGGGACAAGAUUUGAGGCUGGAAAGCAGUACAGAGUAUCAGUGAAUAUCAAGGACAUUGGAAAGAUCAACAAAGUGUUUCUUGGUAGUGAUGCCCAUGGAAGUGGACGGGGAAUUUACGUUGAGGAAAUCGAAGUUCAAUCCACUGGUGAGGAUCCUGUGAUCUUUCCUUGCCGCUGUUGGCUCGCUGAAGAUGAAGGAGACGGCAAAACAGCCAGAGUCUUGACUCCAGGGGAGACAAUUCAUCCGCAGCUAGACAGUACUCUGUACAACAUGACGUUCGAGACAGAGGACGUUCCCUUCGCUGGCACGGAUGCUACUGUUUAUGUAAAGCUGUUUGGAGAAAAAGGACAGACAGAAAAGAUUGAGUUUCGAAGUGAAGACAAAAAGGAGGCGCCAAAGUUUAAACGCGGAAGAAUUGACAAGUUUGCUGUGGAAACUGCUGAUGUGGGAAAGCUGACGAAACUUCGUGUUGGCCACGACAACACUGGCCGUAACCCGGAAUGGUAUCUAAAGAAACUCUCCAUUGAAAUCCCAUCACGAGACGAGACUUAUGUGUUCGAGUACAACAACUGGAUUGCAGGAGAGGAAGUCAACUUGGAUCCAAUCGAUGAAAAAACAAGGACUGAGCUAUAUACCAUUCAUCUUAAGCUGGGCGAAGUUGCCGACCCCUAUGCUCCAGUGUGGAUCCAGCUUGUUGGUGAGAAGGGAGAAAGUGGACAGAUUCAAAUCAAGCCUGGUUAUGGUCCUAAUGACAAGUUCGAGAAAGGCCGCAUUUACAAGGUGGUGGCAAGAGUUGCAGACAUCGGACGGAUCGUGGAUGUCAAAGUUGGCCAAGAUGCAGGCCACACUGGUAUCCCCAGUAAAGGUCUUUACGUCGAAGAGGUUGUGGUGACUGCGUCACGUGGAGAUGGAGUGGUCUUUCCUUGUCACUGUUGGACUGGGGACGAGGAUAAAAUAGCCGUGGAACCAGGCCUGGGAAAUGAAGUGCCUCUUGAUACCACUUAUCAAGUAACAUUCAAGACUGGAGACAGACCAAAUGCUGGCACAUCGGCUAAAGUGCAGUUUGAACUGUUUGGAGACACCGGUAAAACCGAGCCUAUUCUACUUAGCGAAGACAAGAGUCUACGACUGUUUGAGAGAGGAAACAGCGAUAAAUUUAAGGUGGACACACGGGAUGUUGGAAAGAUCGAGAAGCUUCGCGUGAAUCAUGACAAUUCUGGACGCGAUCCGGACUGGUAUCUAGAGGAAGUGACUAUUGAUGUCCCGGAUAAGGGCGAGCAGUACAUCUUCCCUUGUCAUCGCUGGCUCAUGGGAAGUCAGCGGAAUGUUGACCUGAUACCUGCUGAAACAAAAGAUUUGUCACAAGAAGUGGAUUAUCGCAUCAUGAUAAAGACUGGGGACGAAAACGACGCUGGCACAGACGCCAAUGUGAAUUUCCAGAUGUUUGGAGAAAAAGGAAAGACACAGAACUUUUCUCUCAGAGAAGAAGGAGAUAAAAAGAGAUUUGAAAAGGGAAGAAUGGACAAGUUCUUGAUCCGGACACGAGACAUCGGAAAGCUGACUUCUGUUCGUAUCAGCCGGGAUAAUAAAGGCGUUAAACCUGGUUGGCUGUUGGAUAAAAUAACUAUUGACGUAGACGAGAAGGACGAGCAUUACGUGUUCUAUUGCAACCGCUGGCUCGGAGGCUCGGACAUUGCGAUCGAUUUUACUCCAGAGCAAGGCUCAUUACCAGGACAGGAAGGAAUGUACACAGUGAGCGUCAAAGUUGGAGAGGUCCUGGACCCUGAUGUAAAUCCUUUCUAUCAAAUCGUUGGAAGAAACGGUGAAACUAACAAGAUCAGGCUGCGAGAGGGUUACUCACGGUCUCAUGUUUUUACUAAAGGAAACACUUACAAAGUGUCCGUUAAGAGCCCGGAUGUUGGUGAGAUAACAAAGCUUCGCAUCGGAGAUGACGGGUACGGUCGCGGCAAGACUAUGUUUGUGGAAGAGGUGACGGUUACCAGCAAGGACGGUGAUACUGUACUGUUCCCAUGUCGUUGCUGGCUAGGAAAAGAUGACUCCAACACCAAAAUAAUCCGAGAACUUGUCCCAGGAAAACCUGUACCAGAAGAACUGGAAGACAUUUCAUAUCACAUGACAAUAAAAACCGCAGAUGUACAAAACGCAGGAACCGACGCAAACGUCUAUUUUGCGCUGCACGGCGACAAAGGAGAAACGCCAAAAAUCGCUCUACAGGACGAAAGCCAGACAUUCAAACGUUUCGAACGAGGACGAGCUGAUAAGUUUGUUGUACAAACAGCAGAUGUUGGAAAGCUUGAAAAGCUGGUUAUCGGUCAUGACAACGGAGGAGAAGACCCCGGAUGGCUCUUGGAGGAAGUUGAUGUCGAUAUCCCUGUACGAGAUGAACAUUACAAAUUCCGCUGUGACGGGUGGCUCGGUGGUGAACGGCCUGGUCAGCGGAAGGAAGUAGUCUUAUACCCAGUGGAUGACAUUGACGGAGAAGUUAAACCCACCGUUGUAGACGACUUACAAGAAACUGGAGCCUCCGGGUUUGGUGACGCCGAAUAUGACGUGGAGUUUAAGACUUCCGCUGAAGAAAACGCUGGCACAGACGCCAACGUUUAUUUCCAAAUGAUCGGCGAGGACGGCGAGACUCAAGAAAUCGACCUCAAAAACAAAGGAAAGGGUUACUUUCACCGGGGACAGCUGGAUAGAUUCAGGAUCAGGGCCAGAGAUGUUGGUCGGCUCAAGAUGCUUCGCGUAGGCCAUGAUAAUUCCGGCUCUAAUUCUCGUUGGUUGCUAGAUGAAGUUGUAAUUUUUUCUUUGGCCCGUGGUGAGCGCUACGUGUUCAAAGGAGGCCGCUGGAUCGGUGGACGAACCAAUGAGAUCGAUCUUCCACUUGAUUCUUGGAAUUACGGCCGACUAGUUGGUCAAGAGCCAGAUAUUCCAGAUUUGAUUGACUACAUGCAAUCCGGAGAUGAGGUCAAGAUCAUUAAUGCUGCUGGAUAUUUACAACAUUUAUGUUACAGUAAAGAAUAUGUGAAGGAUAAAGUCAGAGACCUUGGUGGAAUUCCAGUGAUUGUCAGGUUGCUGAGACAUUCUGAAUGGCGUGUUCGAUAUGCUGCCGUUUGUCUUUUGAGGAACCUCUCAUUCAGUAUGAAAAAUGACGCUAACAGGUUGGCCAUAGCUGACUGUGGUGGAAUUGAAGCUCUUAUAGAAAUCCUGCAGGAAACGGAAAAGACAGAGUACAGAGAGGCAAUUUUAGGAGUUCUAUGCAACUUAUCGUCGGUUGAGUCGCUUCGUCUCAGAAUCCUCUUGGUUUGCCUGCAUAUUAUCGUUAUUCUUAUCAUUAUAACUUACUCUGAGUGGACGGCUGUGGCAGCACGUGGGCAGCCGCCAGUAAGGGCUGAACCUUGGCCAGCGGUUCUCGUUCAUGCCACAAGACUCGUGCGUAAUCUGUCGUCGGCCGGCACCAGGGCCCGGCAAGAACUGAGGGACGAGAAAGACUUGAUCGACUGUCUAGUCUGGAUUGUUAGAGUUGGUGUCAAGAGUGAACAGUAUGAUAAUAAGUGCCUUGAGCAUUCGGUGUGCACACUAAGAAACCUGUCUUACCGGCUGGAAAGUGAGAUCGACAGGGAUCGCUAUGACGACGCUGACGUUGACGUGGACCCUGCUGCCGUCAAAGAACAACAAAGCCAGGGUUGCUUCGCCGGGUGCGGUGGAAGAAAGAAGAAAAAAGUGCCCAAUGACAAGAGACCCAUGGAUCGACCGAGGGGUCCACCGCAAGGGGUUGAACUGAUUUGGCAGCCGGAAACAGUCCAACAAUAUUACGUGCUGCUACGGAAGGCAAAAAACAUCGAAACCUUAGAGGGGUCGGCAGGGGCUCUGCACAACUUGACAGCUUGUUCUUGGAAGUGGGCAAUCAAAAUCCGUGGGGAUACAAGACGAGCACAAGCAAUCCAACAGCUUGUGGAGCUUUUAAGAAUUGACUACGAUCCAACAAUCCGCGCAGCAGCCAUUGCCCUUCGGAACAUGUGCGUUGACUCGGAAAACAAGAAAAUUGUUGGCGAGAAAGCCGUAUUACACUUGGUCCACAGGCUCCCCACAGGGGAGGAAGAAGAACGACUCGUGCAGGAUCCGACUGUGGCCUCUCUUCUGUGCGCCAUUUAUCAGAUUACCAACAAAAAUGACAAAAACGCCAAAUACCUUCGAAAGACCAAAGGCAUUCAAAAGAUUGUAAGGAUAGCAACAGAUCAGAACAGGGUAUACUCACCCCGUGUCAUAAAAAUAGCCAAUCAGGUAUUAGCCAACCUUUGGAGCCAUAGUCAAUUACAACAACAAAUGAAGAAUGAAGGCUGGCAGUACGAUGCGGAACUCGCUCGUGCCCCGAUGGAUUUCGAAGCCACCUCCUUGCCACGAACGCCCGACGAACGUAGCCGAAGGGAUCCGAACAUUCGCCGAAUGGAAAGCGACGACGAUCAGUGGCGAAACGGCAGUCGCCGAGCGAGAGAUCAGUGGGAUGGUGAGCCUUCUGGAGUGACAGACAUCUCCUCAGAAUCAGAUAGGCAACGCAGUUGGGGGGAGAGCUUGAAUAACAUCCCACCUCCUUAUACAUCUGAUGACAACUAUUCCCGGGGAAGUCGUUCAAGGGAUGAUCUCCCCAUGGAGGUUAUGUCGAGUUCACCAAGACCGUCGGCCUCUAAUUCAGUCAGAGACGAGAAUGAAAACUCCAGUGACAGGACUUUGAAGUUGAAUGGUAGUGGGGGUGGGGGUGGGGGUGGAAAGAACGAAGACUUGUGGGUGUAAGACUGUUGCCCCUAAAGACUUUAUAUGGAGUAGAAAUGUUUGAAUUUUCUCCUUUUUUUGCAAGGUUUUUGUAGUACCAUUAGAUACGAACGCGGGGAUGCUUUUUUUUCCACUUACUCAUUGAGUACGAGGAAUAUGUCAUCUAAAGUUAUUUAAUUUUAUUUGAUCUAAAGAUGGCGACUCGAUUUGUCUGCUCGUUUGGCACAAGAAAAACAUAGUUUGAAGUGAACACCUAUUUACGCUGAGCUACAGAGACUAUACUUACCUCCGAGAAUAUAGCAUGUUUCUAACAGCAUGUUCCAUUGUAAGGCGAUCAAUUUCAGGUCAUGUUCACGGUUAGCGACUUUUUCCAGAGCAUUAUUUCCUUUUAAAUUAUUCACGGCGUCCGUGGUUUUUGUUGCGUCAUAACAGUCCUGAAAAUUGGCUGUUUUACAUAAUUACAGUAGACAAAACCCGUGACAUUAAACUUUAUAGCGUUUGCCUUUGUUCGUUUUAACUGAUUCAAGGACUUGAAUUUUAUGAAUAUUGUGUAUUGAAGCUUUUUCAACUGCAUUCGGCAUAUUUAUUUUAAUUUUCGAAGUCUUAGUUGCUGUUUUUAGCUUAAAGUGUACGAAACUCAUGAAACAGGCGAUACUGUUCUUUCCCAAACCGAAUAAAGAUAAGCAUGGAAACUAGGCGUUGUUUAUCCGCCAUUAAUUCAGAACAUCUUAAAAUGCUACAGUUUGAACAAAACGAUGUCUACAAAAUAUGACACGAAAUGAAAGUUAAACUUUAAAAACGCAUACUGUUCAGACUGACGACCGACUAGCUGAAGGUAUACGCUUCCUUGCAUGAAUAGUCUUUAUUCAAGUGUAUUUUGCACGAGACGAGUUUGAUGAAUGUGUUCCUCAUGCCGCUCUUUAAAAUUGCAAUGUUUUAUAUAUAGUAUUCAUGUAGUUGUUACUACGGCAUUUCGUAUGUCACUUCUAAAAUUGUGUUUAAUUUCAUGACAGCACAGUAGAUGCUUUGUACAAAAAAAAAACUCAUUAGAAUACGAGUAAGUUUGUAAUGUAUAUUGUAUUUAGUGUAGAUCGAUACAAUAUUUUAAAACGAAUGAUGGCUGCAGCGUGGUACUCUGUGGCUGGGUUAUUUUGUAGUAUUGGUAAUAUUUGUGAUUGUUAACUUGUGCUUUGCUCAUGUAGUUCUUUAAUUGAAUA